AGUCACUCUCACUUCACAUCUUCUUUGUCUCUCUCUUUUUUUCUCUCACACAUUUUUGACUCAGAGACAAUACAGUUAAAUUCCCUUUGGCAGAUUGUUCUUUCUUUCUCUCUCUCUCUCUCUCUCAUGUCCAUAUCUAUUCAACCAUUUUGUCACCUAUGUACACCACAGCUUCCUUUAUUUUGUUCCUUUCUGUAUUUUCUUCAUUUUACUGUUACCUUGGUCAGAGGAAACAAUGCUAUCCAUCCAUAACAUUCAUUAUUCUUUUUUGUUUUGUUCUUCUAUGAAGUGACAUCUUAGGAUUGGACUCUUCCUAUUCUUUCAUUUCCUUUAUCAUUCUACUCUUCAAUCAUAUCAUUCACUCAAGUCCACCAUGGCUCAACAGGAAGAAGGGUGGCCAUUUGGGCUGAAUUUAUUGAAUCCAGGAAAUGUUCUGGUAAGAAACGGUGAAUUCUCUGGAUCAAUCUCCUUCAGCACUUUGUUCACGAGUUCUUCCAUUCGUUCAACUGAUUCUUCCUCAUAUCUUGAUUCAGAGUCCACAGGAUCAAUUUUCCAUGACAAGAGCAUCACACUUGGAAGCCUCUUAGGUGUUCCUAACUUCCUAGAAUUGUCAAGGAGAUCAACAAGGGGGAGAGAGAUGGAACCCUCAAAGGAAGACAAAAGGAAUUACAAGCUGAAACCAUGGCUGUUCUCAUUUUGUACAAAGCUAACUACCGAUGCGGUUAGUCCGAACAAUGUUCCUUCUCUUGGUCAGUACCUUAUAGCAGAGAGAAGAGCUAGACGCCCUUACAGAAGGAAUCAAUGUACUUUCGUUGACGGGCAUAAUGUUUUCUCUCCGGUUCAAGAGUCGAACUCGCCAUUUGUUGGUGGCCAAGUUGCUCUUAGUUCACCAGCUUCUUCGAGUGAAGAUAAUGGAAGAGAGGCAAAUAGAGCAUUGCGGCAGCCCAAUAGAUAUGGAACACUAACAACACCAUUCUCUUCGUUAUGGAGAUGAAUCAAAAAGUGACAACCUUAUGUCACUCAUUUUAGCACUUGUUCAGUUUGUGACUCUCGUGUCACAAUGUCGAUUACACUUAGCUUCAGUCUCACCACAGUGCCACUGUGAGAACAAACACUUUUCUCAUUCAUAAUCUCACUUUUUCUCUCAUAAUUGGUUAUUCAUUUUUAAGUUUGGAUAUUCUAUUUAACACUAUAUUCUAUACCAAUUUUAUUUUUCAA